AUGCUUAGAUCCCUCGAAGCGGCAAAGAACAAGCCCUCAGUCUACUAUAAAGACACUUAUCACAUGGAAGGUGAUCUCCACGUUAUCGGCACAUUUCUUUCUCCACAGGAUAACCGUAAGUUCUUCUCAACUCCAGACUGGGACCCAGAGGAAGACGGAGUUGAUUACCGAAAAAUCGAUCGCCAGAGCCUUGAGUCCUCGAUCGAAAAGUACUCUAGGGAUCUUGCCCAGGAGCAGCAGAUAUUAGGUGCUUCCCUAACUAGAACAGCAACGGAUGAAUUUAAUUUAGCCUGUGUUCGAGACGAGUCGCAGCAACCUCAGAUUCUACAGCGAGUUCAUUCUGACGAGCUUACAAGGUAUCUUGAUAACAACAAAGUACCAAAUUCCCAGCCUCGGACCUGGUGGAAAUAUCACCAAGAUGAAUUCCCCGGAAUGGCAAGGCUUGCACGAGAUGUUCUUUCUAUUCCAGCUAGUGGUGCAUGUGUAGGGCGGCUUUUUAACUCGGCACGAGAUAUCUGUCAUUAUCGGCGCGGCUCUCUACGGCAUUUAAUUAUCUCGGAUCUUAUGAUGUAUAUGUGUACAUCGUGGUUCGAGAUUCAUGAAGAGGAGCGAAUAAUGCUCUCUGAAUAUCUUUCAGUCCAGGAGAUACAGGCCGCUAAUGAAGAGAGAGCACAGCAACAAAGCAGCGUUUAUCCGAUUAGUGAUAAUGAAGAGGAUGAGAGCCCUUCUACAGAGCUCCGAGCAACUUCGCAAGGCCUAUCAGCUUCACAAGUCCCAACUGAAAACGCACUUGGAAAAAGACGCCUAUGCAGUAUAGCAAGGGACAUAGAAGGUGAUCAGGAGGACGAUAGUGAAAUAGCGCUUCUGCCAGAGAUACUGCACCGAGUAUCAGGUAGAGCUCGUACGCGCUCAAGGUUGCUUGAUGGAUACAAACCUUCAAUAUAUAGUUAA